CAGGCUCUGCCCGCUGCCAGGAGAACCCCGAGCCGCUCUGCCGAGCCCGGCGGAGUAACCAGCGCCUGGAGUGUGAGCCUCGGGGGCGGGGAGGGGGAUGGGACUUGCGCCCCCGCGGCCACUCGGUUGGUGCAGAGUCGGGUCGGUGGCUCCCAGAACCCUUAGUGCCAGCGGCGCUGCCAAUCCGGAGACGCUAGUGGUCUCUUGGCCUUCGAUCCUCCGGAACCCCGCGGGUGUGGCCCCCCUUCCGGAGCCGGCUUGCGGGGGGCGGCGGGCGGGCGGCGCCAGGGAAGGGGCCGUUACUUUCCCAGAGCGGCGGGGCGACGUCAGGCGGAAGGGCGCGGGGCGCGCACGCUUUAAAUGGCAUUCGCUGUCAUCCGAGCUCGCAGCCGUGUGGGCAGGAGCGGGCUAUAUAAGCGGCGAGCCGGGCCGCUGCGGGGCAGACGGCGACAGCGGCGGCGGCGAGCGCCUCGGAGCGCGCGGACGCCGGGGACGCCAUGGCGGCCGCCAAGCCCGGCGAGCUCGCCGGCGUCUGCUCCAGCUACCAGGCGGUGAUGCCGCACUUCGUGUGCCUGGCCGACGAGUUCCCGCAGCCCGUGCGGCCCACCAAGCUGACCAAGGGCAAGGGCCGGCUGCGGCGGCCGCGCCAGUCCCGCUUCAAGACGCAGCCGGUGACCUUCGACGAGAUCCAGGAGGUGGAGGAGGAGGGGGUGUCCCCCAUGGAGGAGGAGAAGGCGAAGAAGUCGUUCCUGCAGAGCCUGGAGUGCCUGCGCCGCAGCACGCAGAGCCUGUCGCUGCAGAGGGAGCAGCUCAGCAGCUGCAAACUGAGGAACAGCCUGGACUCCAGCGACUCGGACUCGGCCCUGUGAGCGGCGCCACCGCCGGGGACGCGCGCCUCCGCGGCCGCCCAGGGACCGGCGGGCGCACCCGGAGACCCGCGCCCGGGGACCCCUGGGCGGCGCUCGGCGCGGCGCGCAACGCGCUCGGGAAUGCCGGGGAGGGAGCCGCUUUCUUUACCCUUGUAAAUGUUUAUUUUUUAACUCUUCCCAGUACGAACUCUGCGGUGAGUGUGCGGGAGGCGGCCCGUGCUGAGGCGGCCCGGUGUCGCCAGGGUCGCCGCUCCACGCCCAGUAGCCUCUGAUGGUUUGCAAUUCCGAUUUUGCACACCGCUCCACCGUGCCCCCCAGCGCACGCCCGUCACACUCACCCCGACACACUCUCGCUGAACACUUUUAUAAUCGUUAAACGAGCGGAUGGGACCUGGGGCGCAGUGCGGCUGCUGCCGCGGCCAGAGGAUUGAUAUUUAUUUUUGCAGUGCAAUUGCUGAAGGCGUUUAUUUAACGAUCUUUUUACUUGGAUAUGUCUGUGAGGCUCCCGAGUGGAGACAAAUAAAGUCAAUAUAUUUACACAGUGUA